UUGACUACUUUACGGCAAUCAGCAGCAGGUGAUUACGACGAGUUUGUCAAGCAGACAUAAACAAGGAUUUCGGAAUGAUAAUAUCUCCCGUCGUCAGUCGAAAAUAUUGUCCAAAAGAUUUGGCAAUCAUCUUGUUAUGAAAAGUCUAGUUACCCAUGAAAAUGCUGCCAAGAGUAAUUAAAGAGUGGCUGACUGAAUAUAAGAGCUUGAUGGAUGAAGAGAUCAACACAUUUUCAUGCACAUUGAAAGAAAACAAGCCACUAAUUGAUGCUUUAUAUGUCCUGUUUGAAAGCAAGACAUCUGUUGAGGACCUCGAUCCAGUGUGUCAUCAGCUUUUUGAGUUUUAUCGUUCGAAGGAGAACAACCUCCGCAAGUUUGCUCUGGAGUUCGUUCCGUCUCUGAUCUGGUUAUACCUUCACUGCCUAAGCCUCAAUGACAAGAAGACUUGCGGAGGUUUGGAAGCUUUUCUUCUUGGGGUGUACAAUCUGGAGAUCGUACAUAGCGAUGGCUCUCCCAAGAUCAAGAUGUUUCGCGUCCCUUCAAUAGGACAAGGAUCUGUAUAUCAUGAGCACAUCAACCUCAGCACGAUGGCGCUGUCGGAGAGCACACUGUCGCGCUACAACAAGACUAGCGAGAUGUGGAGUGGCGGUCCCUGUCUCCACUACGAGGCUAUCAACGGACAAAACAGGCAAGCAAUUUUGACACAGUUGAUACAGGUCUACAACAAUGACAUUGCACAGCUAUCCCAUCAUUCCCAUAAUGCAUUGUGCAUUUCUGCAUCAAGGAUAGCCAUUUCUGGAUUGCCAAGCCGAAAUGUUUCUGCCAUGGAUUUGCAGUCUUGGCCUGUCAAUAAUGGUCCUCGCCCCAAUCACACCAAGAUUUCCAAUGGCCAGCAGCCUAGUCUGGCUAUCAGCCCCGCCCUGCUUGUAGAGAUACUGUGGGGUAUCAAUUUUGCUAUGUAUAAUGGCUGCACAACAAUUGCCAAACAAGCAGUUCAAGAUGUGCACUUGCGAGCUUGCUAUGAACUUCUUGCAGAUGUACAGUUGGUGACAGAAGCAAUAUUGAACUCGGAAAGAUUGGGUUCUGGACUAACAGAAGAUGGACUGCCAAUGGGUAUCUCAUAUUCUUCUCAUGGUUUUACCAAGUCUGCUAUCACCAAUGCCUCCUUUAAAGCCAAGAAACUGCCUGAUGACAUCUCUGUCAUAGCAGACAAACCUGACGCAGAUCAUGCUCGUUUGUCUCCAAUAGAAGAGGAAAGCAAGGGAGGUGGUAAACUUGUUGCACGCAUUGCAAAAGGCAAGAAGGAGAAGGAACGAGAUAAGCCACGAGGGAGGGAUGCACAGAAGGAGUCAGACACAAGCUCCAACAAAUCUUUGGUUCUUAAUGGUGAUGGAGUAGAUGGCAUCAUAAAAAAUCAGCAGAGUAAAUCAGUUGAAGCAUUUGAAUUAAAACAAAUGAACCGAUCACGACAUUCUGGUGGAACUGAAGACAGUAUGGUAACCAAUGGUAACAGUAAUGCUGUGCUUACUCAUAGACAGGGGGACAGUAGGGGCUCAGGGGAGGGUCAAGGUGCAGAAGUCAGAAGUCGCCCUUCUUCAUUUAUUGGUGCUCCAGUUAAUCCCGAAUCCUAUAGUACUGAUCUGUGAUAAUCUCUUCCAGAUGCAAACAUUUCCAUGGAAGGAAACUCUGGACAUCAUACCAGUGAUGGCUAGACUGCAAUUUUCUGUGAUUCUGACAUGUUACUAGAACUUUUAGUGAGACUUUCAGAGAGAAGGCAAAGUGGGGCUGUGUUAACAGAUAUGCUUAAUUCUUUGCUAGAAUUUUAUGGAGUAAAAAUACAAUCAUGAACUUUAAAUGUAAGAGAGUGUGCACAUUUCUAUAACAUGUUACAGCAUUGUUGACAAUGACACUAAUGUAAUGAUACUCAGGCAGCCAUAUUGUUUGGGGGGAUGGCAUUUGUUAUUAGGCUGUAAGAAACCGAUCAUGACUAAAAAAGAUUGCAGAAAAAAUUGUGCAUAACUUUUACUUGAGGCUACAUGAUGGGAACAUUAAAAGUUGUGUAGAAAAUUC